AAAAAGACUGCAAUCAAUGUUCCAGCCAUCACUAAGAGUACCGGUGUGAUUAAAACCCCAGCAAACUCAAACAUACAAUAAAGACAUCAGAUAAUAUAUUGAAGCCAAAGGGAAACAUACUAAUACAUUUGGAUCCCAGUCUAAAAAAAUUAGUUUGGACUUCUAGCAUGGAGGUGUCCCAUGUGAACAAUAGCAGUCAUCACGCCUGGUGGAAAGAGAUGCCAUGGGGCGACACAGACGAGUGCACCUCCUCCUGGAGUGGCACCACCUUCCUGAUAGUUGCCUACAGCGCACUGGUCGCGGUUGGCCUUAUCGGUAACACCUGCCUGGUGUUUGUCAUCACACGGCAGAAGGAGAUGCGGAAUGUCACCAACAUCUUCAUCGCCAACCUGUCCAUCUCUGACAUCCUCAUGUGCAUUGUGUGCCUGCCUGUCACCAUCAUCUACACCCUGAUGGACCGCUGGAUCCUGGGGGAGGCACUCUGUAAGGUCACACCCUUUGUCCAGUGCAUCUCUGUCACGGUUUCCAUCUUCACCCUUGUCCUCAUAGCCAUAGAGCGCCACCAACUCAUCAUCCACCCCACUGGAUGGAAGCCUAUGGUGCGCCACUCCUACCUGGCUGUAGCCAUCACCUGGUUAGUGGCCUGCUUCAUCUCUCUUCCUUUCCUCUUCUUCAACGUCCUCGACAACAGUCCUUUCCAGAACAUGAGCCUCCCCUUCAAUCUCUACACUGACCACUUCAUCUGUAUGGAGCGAUGGCCCUCAGAGCACAACCGACUGGCCUACACCACCUCCCUGCUGCUCUUCCAGUACUGCCUUCCCCUCAUCCUCAUCCUGGUCUGCUACCUGCGCAUCUUCCUGCGUCUCCGACAGAGAAAAUACAUGGUGGAGCGAGCCAGGGACAACUGUCAGAAGAAAGCCAAGGGGUCAAAGAGGAUCAAUGCCAUGUUGGCCUCCAUUGUGGUAGUGUUUGCCCUCUGCUGGCUCCCGCUCAACAUCUUCAAUACCUUGUUCGACUGGAACCACCAGGCCAUCCCAUCCUGUCAGCAUGACAUAAUCUUCUCUGCCUGCCACCUCACAGCCAUGGCAUCCACCUGUGUCAACCCCAUAAUCUACGGCUUUCUCAACAGUAACUUCCAGAAAGAGCUCAAAUCUACCCUAUACCACUGCCGCUGCUGGGGGUCACCAGAGAGUUAUGAGAGCUUCCCUCUUUCUAUUGUCAGCACAGAGGUCACUAAGGGGUCAACCUUGAGCAAAGGAUCAAUGAGCAUGAAUGUACAGUCCUGACCCAUUCAGAAAAGGAGAGAGAAAGUAUAGAACUUCAACCCCCAUUGUCUUAACCAUCCAUUGAAGGUUGACUUGUUGAGCUUUAUGCUGGAGCAAGGGUUGACAUGGCUGGAGUUGUUCAAAUUAGUCACAGGGGAUUGUUUUGUGUCUUAACAAUCAAUGGUUGGUCUCUUCUGUGGGCAUGGAGAGAAAUGGAAAAGUAAGAGAACACUGUGACCUAAGAUAGAUUUUACAGUGUCCUCAAUUAGAUACAGUGGAUUCAGAAAGUAUUAACAAAACAUGGCCAGUGACAAAAAAAUCUAAUCCAUUUUCA